CACCGUCACCUACCAACUCCCAUCUACUCUGUACCGUGCACAACUGCUUGUAGUCACCACCAACUGACUGAUUGCAUCGCUGAGCAUGCUACAACACUACUCCUAACCUGGCCACAUUCGUCCGUUUGUUCACCUUUCCUCUCUCCUCUCUUCCUCCUCUCUCUCUUCCGCCCCCGGUCGCUCUUUCCCCCCAUUUCGCCCUUACUAAUACUCUACAUCCCUUGCAGCAGUUCAACACGCGAUCCUCAACACACAGGCCAUCUCACUCUCGCUCUCGUUCUUGGUCCUAAUCCCCACCCCAUUCCCCAGCGACACGCACUCGCGCGUUCCCGUCUCACACUCCACACUCGGCUCCGUCCACUCGCGACUCCGAAACCUGCCCAACCUUCUGGUCGUCCUGAGCUUCGACCUGUGCUUCGUCCUCUGCCUCUCUCCACCGACUGAUCCCCGUCGCUCUGGCUAUGACUGCACUACUGUCCAUCCAUGCUGCGCACUCGUCCGAUUUUGGAAAGCUACAGACACAGUUCCCCGAUAAGAUGGACACAACCAGCGGCGCCGCUGAGCCUCCCACCCCCGCCUCCCCCGAUCGCGACGAUAACAGAGGUCGACGACGAGAUAGAGACGACAUAGAUGGUGACCAGAAUGGCGACGGCGCAGACGGAGAAGCCACUGGAUCCUCGAGAAAGCGGAGGAGGAGCAGAAAGGGCUUGGAUAAGAAAUUCGAAUGUCCUCACGAGGGAUGCGGCAAGAGCUAUUCAAGGGCCGAGCAUUUAUACCGCCACCAGUUGAACCAUAAUCCAAAGCAAAUUUACCACUGCGAUUUUCCCGAAUGUCACCGAUCCUUCGUUCGACAGGACCUAUGCGCCAGGCACAAGGAGAGGCACACCGCGCGAGGCUCGCAGCUACUGCGCAAAGAUACCUUCCCGCACAAUCUCAACCCCAUCGUGACGGCUGCCAUGGCACCCAAGAACGGGUCACCGAACAAGCCCAGCAACAUGAAGAACUCCCCUCCCACGAUGCAACAAAGUGCACUUGAAAGACCAUAUGCCCUACAAUCCCCGGCAUCGGCAGUCUCGACGCAGGCCGGGUCAGGUACACAGAUGUCGCCGCCCAGUCUCCAUUCACCAGCACCCCGACAGGAUUCACUGAACAGAACCACCAGCGACGAAUCAUAUCGUGCCAGCUCCGACACCAAGCCCUAUGACAUGCAGUCCCAGGCGUCCGGGAACUUUGCACCCCCACCACGACCUAACACGUUUGGGUCGUUCAGUGGCGGCCGUCCUUCUCCGCACAUGAACAAUGGCAAUUUCCAAAGACCAGAACUGCGGGCACAGACUUCAAACCUGUCCACAUACGGCUCAAGCUCGCCCUACUCGGCAGCCACGCCAUCGCAGCAGUCCUACCCACCAUCAGCCUCGUCCACUACUUAUCAAAACAGCGCGGCUAGUGGCUAUCAAUCGCAACAGCAGUUCCCACCCUUCUCGUCUCUGCCGCCGCCAGAGUUUCCCCAGCAAUCCCGAACGCCCGUAUCCCGGGACCAGGAUAACCAGUACUACACUGGGACAAGCGGAAAUACUCCCAUGAAUGGCGUGGAGUCCACAGGUGCGAUUGAUGCAACCAUGAACGGCGUUUCCGAAGCCAUUCUCGAGCAUAACACACCGUCUUACGCCGUGCCUAUGUUCGGGGGUGAAGGCUACAGUAGGUCUCCGUUUGCCAUGGCCGAUGACUUCACUGCUUGGCUGUUCAACGAGAACUCAUUCGGGCCGAAUGCAUCGCCAAUGGGCUAUCCGGCCGCCGGUAGUGAGACCAGCGCAGGUGCUUCUUCGCAGAUAGGCUUGCAAGCUCCCUAUUUUAAUUACGACCCCUCGGUCGCUGGCUACUUCAACAACCCCGCUCCUCCAGCUCAUCCAAUGGCUGUCAAUAGCAUCUUGGACACAACGCUCCCGGAGUCUGCCCUGUCGGAGGAGAAGCGCAGGGACUUGCUCGACCUUAUCCAGCACCGCUUCAAUGAGACGGACCAUGCACCGGUCAAGCGACAGAAAGACGAUAUCCUCGAGGGCAACCAGGACGAUGACCAUCACGUGCUCAGUUUGAAUAUGAUGCAGACGUACAUCAGCUCGUAUUGGGUCCAUUUCCAUCCUCAACUUCCCAUCCUGCACAAGCCGACCUUCAACGCGUCGCAAUGCUCGAAUCUUCUUCUUCUCUCUAUCAUGUGCCUUGGUGCAUCAUGCCUAGAGAAGAGUUACGGACAGGACAUGACCCAGGCUUGCGCAAACCUGUCCAACUUCCUGGCAUGGCAUCUCCGCUGGGAGAUCUUCAUGGACGAAGAUUUCCGACCGCCCGCGAAGCUGUGGAUAUUCCAGGCACUCUUAUUGUUGGAGGUGUUUGAGAAGAUGUACUCUACCCGCCCACUUCACGAGCGAGCACACAUCCACCAUGCGACGACACUCACCCUGAUGAGGAGAGGAAGCUCGUUGAUCGGCAGGUCCGCUAUGGAUUCCCCACCUAGCGUGAAGGAUGGCAAAGCAAAUGGCCGCGGAAACACUCCAGACGAGUGGUGGAACCAUUGGAUCACGAACGAAGCGACGAGGAGGGCCGCAUUUGCGGCUUUUGUCAUGGACAGCAUCCAUGCUACCAUGUUCGGCCACAGCGCCGUGAUGGUUGCCCACGAGAUGAGGCUACCGCUCCCGUGUGACGAGGCACUGUGGUCGGCAACGAGUAGUUCUGAGGUUGGCCGCGUGGAAGCCAGCCUGCAUUCUAACGGCAUCAAGCAGGCGACCUUCCUUGAUGGACUAAAGAAGACGUUGAAUGGCCAAACCGUUAGGACGAAUUCUUUCGGUCGUACAAUUCUCAUGGCUGGGUUACUCAGCGUGUCUUGGCAUAUGAACCAGCGAGAUUUGCAAGUCAGCUCACUUGGCGUAUCGCAGGCCCUGGGUGGAAGAGAUAAAUGGCGAGGCUCAUUGACGCGCGCUUUCGAUUUCUGGAAGAAGGACUUUGAUCUGUCUCUGGCCAAGCCAAACGAUCUGUCAGGGCCCCACGCCUACUCGUAUUCCAACAGCAUCGACGACGAAAACGUCUACGAGUCGCGAACGGUCUUGCACCACCUCGCACAUAUGGCGAUGCAUGUCGACAUAGUGGACUGUCAGAUCUAUGCCGGAGCCAAUCGAUUGCUGGGUCGCUCAAUAACACCCCAGGAUUACAAUGGAGCCCAACGGAGGAUGAAGGAGACGUGGGCGCCUACCGCGAAGGCACGAGACGCAACCUUCUACGCACUACGAUUCCUGUCUACAGUCAUGAUCCCCGACGAUCGUUCACAAGGCAACGCCUACUCCGCGCGCGACGACUCUCUCUUGAAUCGACCCUGGGUCCUCUACUUUGCCGCGUUGAUUGUGUGGUCCUACGGUUACGCACUGGACGGCCCCGUGAAGUCCGCAUACCAACUACCAACUCACGAGGAUAAGGUCAAGGACAUGGUUGGCUUCCUCCACCGCGUCGGAGGUGUACGGACGCCAGAAGAUCUUGCCAAGACAGCAGAUCGAAAUGCAUGCUUGGGCAUGUUGAUCCUGAUGCGCGACAUGUUCAAGCGAACGCGAUGGGAGCUCCUCCACGAAGCGAGUACAUUGUUGACGAAGUGCAUUGAGAUGCUGGUUCCGGGCGCCGGGAGUAUGUAACCGGGGGAACCGAAUGCUUCAUGACGGCAUGGCAUCUUGCAUAUUGAUUGUGUAGAUGAACUUGUUCUUUCCGCGAACUACCGAGGAGCGUUGAUCGGUGGUUUGAGUUAGCAAGCGAGGCGAUACAGGCGUUCAGCAAGACUUCGGUCUAAUUCCUAUGCCACUUUCCAACCGACGGAGAUUCACAU